AAGAUAUAUUCGAAUUUUCUCGAUAUUUGGACACUGUUUCAAUUAGGUCCUGAAUACUGGCUUAGUGAUUUUUUUUCAUCUAUGCUUGGAAGUAAUGGUAUGCUUAUUGGUCAGCAAUAACUAAAGAGUAUUAUAUAGAGAGUUGACAAUAAAUGGUAGGGUAUACUCCUGAGAAAGAGACCCAACUCUCUGCACCUGAACAAGCAUUGGCUGGAGCAGUAACGGGGGCAGUCAGCCGGGCACUAUUUCAACCCUUAGAUGUACUCAAAAUCCGCUUUCAGCUUCAAAUUGAACCAUUAAAAAAAUGUGAAACAUCAAAAUACUGGAGCAUUAGUCAAGCCACUAGGACGAUAAUCACAGAGGAAGGUGUUACGGCUCUGUGGAAAGGUCAUGUUCCAGCUCAGCUUCUCUCUGUCCUAUAUGGAAUUGUACAAUUUGUUUCUUUUGAGGCAGCAACAAAAGUGGCCUGGAGGGUCCUUCCAGAAGGUGUGUAUACUGACCACAAGCCUCUGACCCACAUGUUAUGUGGGAGCAUUGCAGGCUGUGUAUCCACAGUAGUUGUACAACCAGUUGAUGUCAUGAGAACAAGGCUCAUAGCUCAGGGAAAACAGAAAAUGUAUACCUCCAUGAUAAAUGGAAUAAUGGCCACGACUCAGAGCGAGGGGAUAAUGGGGUUGUAUCGUGGUCUCCUGCCAGCCAUGUCACAAAUAGCUCCUCAAAUAGGACUACAGUUCGGAUUCUACACCCUGUUAAGGGACCUCUGGAAAAAAUUUCUGCACAAAGAUGGUGAAAAAAUACUAGAAACACAAGGAAGUCUAAUCUGUGGAUCUGGUGCUGGGAUUAUUUCUAAAAUCCUCAUCUACCCAUUAGAUGUAGUAAAGAAGCGAUUACAAAUUCAAGGCUUUGAAGAAGCACGUUCAGAGUUUGGCAGCAUCCGCCAUUACAGAGGAAUGAAGCAUUGUUUAUACAUGGUUGCAAAGGAAGAGGGAAUCAUCAAGGGAUUUUAUAAAGGACUGACACCCAGUCUCUGGAAGGCUGCCCUUGUAUCUGGGUCAAGUUUUUAUGUGUAUGAAAAAGUUUGCCAGUUAUUAGAAUUCAGAAAGAAAAAGAAAUCAACAUAAAUGUGGAUGAAAAUAAGAUUUCAUACUUCUUUGUCAACUGUGAUAUUUAUACAUUUUGUGUGUGUGUGUGCUUGUGUGUAGUGUAAAACUUUUCAUCAUAGGUCAUGUACAUUCACUUACUCUUGAAGCUAAGUGUGAAAUGACAUGUGUGAACGUUUUUUUUUAUUCUAGACUGCUCAGUGUCUUUUUUCAUGUAGGUCACCUGAGUCACUCAGGUGACCUAUUGCUAUCUGUUUUUGUCUAUCACCAUCCAUUGUGUAUUAACAUUCUGAACAUUUUCAGCUUCUUCUCUGAAACCACUGCACCAAUUUCAACCAUUUUUGAUAUAUAGCAUGUUUAAGCAACGGAGAACAAAAGUUGUGAAUUUCAUGCCCCCCACCCCCACCCCUCCAGCCUGAGAAGUGGGGCCAAAACCAUAAAUUUAUGCAAUAUUCAAAAACCUGGACAUCAAGCAGUUAGACUGUUGGCAUUAUUGUAAUAAACAUUAAGCUCUCUACCAAAGCCUUGAAAUUCAUGGUCCCAGGGUCAGUUUUCUAGUAUUAGGGUGGGGCUCUAAUGAUCAUACAGUGAAAAUGCAUAUUAAUUCUUUGAAAAUCUUCUCCUCAGCUCUUGAGCAUUAAGCAGACAAACUGAGUGCAUGGUUAUGAUGAGCAAGAGUGCUUCUUCAAAGAUUGUAAUAUUCAUGGCCACUGGGUCAGGGGUUCUAGUGUUAGGGUAGGGCUCUAUUAUGAUCCUGUAUGGAAAUUUUUAGUCUGCUUUUAGAGAACUUAGUCCUCUAUUAUUCACUUAUGAUAUUUAUUAAUCACUGUAAAUUAUGUAACUCGUAGGUAAAUAGAAUAGAAGAAUUUUACUGAGGGAAAUGUUGCUGAUAUCUACAUCUGUAGUUUAUUUUGUUUUAUUAUAAAAUUGCCAUUCCAUGAAUUCUUUAGAGGAUUGUAUAAUACUCAGUUGACCAUUAAGGCCCUUGGGCCUCUUGUCAUUUUAGCAAGACCAUUACUUGUAACAUUUAUCCUUUCUGUGAGUUUUAUUUUACAUUUCAGCAGAAUCUCAUUUGAUAAAAUAUCAGAGAUUAAAUAAAUGGUUUAUACUUUGUCUGACAGUGUAUGCAGAGUAUAUUGUUUUAUUAAGUCUCAUGUUAAGCAUCAAAAUUUAA